AUGUCGUCCAACAACCCUCGAGCUCGAACUCACACGCUCCCAGAUGACCGCGCCCUGUUCAUGUUGGGCAGAGUACCACGUCGCAAGAGUUCUAGCUCCUUGCCCGCAGCCGUUGCCCAGAGCCGCCGCCGAACCCCGUCAUCCGCAAGCCCUGGCGACGCACCACCGAGUACCGCCGCGCCACCUGCCUCAUCUUCGCCCAGUGCUUCAGUCACCGCCUCGUCUACUUCAUCGCUCCCACCGCAGCAUCCUCAUCCCUCCCUACCUUCUCUUCAAACCGCUGUCAACCCCGACACAGAUCCGACAAUAUCCCCCAUACAAGUCCCGGCUGUCACGCCGAUCGGCCCUUGGAGCGGCACUUUCCUCGACGCCGACCCGGAUGGUGACGCUGACAGUGAAGAAGACUUCUUCGACGCCCCGGAGCCGACGUCCGACUCUGACAUCGAUACCAUUUCUGCAUCCCUCCCCGAGCUGAGGCAACCUCGGCAGCUCACCGCAAGAAGCCAGCCCCUGUCGCAAUCAUCAAAACCGCCUCGCGCCUCGCCGCAAUCACCGCUCUCAAAAGCUACUCAACACCAGCUUCCGCCACAAAGGGAGCACCCCACGAGUCUGUCGCCCCCGCCUCCGUCGUCAACCAAUAUCCGCGAUUCCUUCAUCUCUAUUUUAGACGAUCCUUUUUUCCAGCGAUACCACACGGCCGGAACCGACUGGUUUGGUGACGACGACAGUACCCUCCCCGGCCCUUCGACGCCGUCCCUACCUCCCGACCCUCCCGUCAUUUCGUAUACUUCGUCUCGCGUCGAUGCUGGUACCGCUAGCCCCGACCCCACCAACCCCAAUACACAACACAACCCCGGCAAUGACAGGUCCGCCGGGCCUCCGUCUCGAAGGGAACCCGUGACUGUAAACGACCAAGGUCUUAGGCCUCCACCUCCAAGGAAAAUGGCCACCGUGAACAUUGCCGUCAUCGGCGCCGAUGGCGUCGGCAAGUCGUCCUUUAUCCAACGAGCGAUGCGCCUGGCCAAGCCGCCAACCGGUGGCAUUACCGCUAUGCGUAUCGACGUCGACAACAAUCCGUUUAUCGUUGUCCUGAUCGAGCUGGAUCUCGAACAUUUCGACGUCGAUCCCAAACAGAAAAUCCACUGGCCCAAGCGAAUUAGUGGCCAUAUCGUGCCUCGCAUUGACGGCGCAUUGAUGCUCUAUGAUGUAAUGAACAGGGACAGCAUCCGAGAGCUCCCCCCCACCCUGUACGAUUGGGGGGAUACAACAGCGGCUCUGCACAAUUCCAACCUCCCUACCAUUCUUGUGGCCACCAAAUGCGACAACCCGGAAUCCGCCCGCCAAAUCAACGCCGAUGGCCUAGCCAACUUGUUCCCGUCCCUCGUCGCAGACUUUAAAACGUCCGCCAAUGUUUCGGGCAACACCCGCGACUGUCUGCAGGCGAUUGUCCUAGCCGCCGUGUACAACCGUCAAGAUUUUUUUGUUUUCCUUUUCUUUUGUCUUAUUCUUUUGACCGUCUCGCUGCAUCGCCCCCUCGCUUCCUCGCCUGUCUUACUCCGUUCGACAUUGAAUGUCUCGGCUUGUCUGGCCACAUCCGUCGCCCUCUCCCAUUUUUAG